AUGCCAGUUACCCGAUCGCAGAAGGAGUACAAGACAGCCGAUGUGACAUCACCUACGAGCGCUGCCACGAGUGCCACGCACGACACCACGUCAGGGACUACGGUUACCACAGAGGCCGAGAAGACGACGGUGUCCACGGAAGCCACAACAGCGAGCCAGCCAGGUCACACCAUGACCCUGGUACCCGAGGGUUCUACCCGGCGAGCUGGAACAGCUGCGAGGUCUCGAGCCAGCACAAACAGGCGGAGACUCGAGGCCAAAGAAGAGUUGGCACGAUUUGAGCUCGAAGAAAUACAGGCAAGGGCACGCCUCGAGCUUGAACAAAUACAGGCAAGAGCACGCCUUGAAAUUGAAGAAAUGCAGGCAAGAGCGCGCCUGUUACGAAUCCGUCUAGAAAUAACGGAAGAAGAUGAAGAAGACUCUAUUGCCGAGAAUGAAGAAGCCUUCCAGGAACGAGACCGCAAAAUCCGGAGCUGGAUGGAAGCUGCUGCCGCCGAGCCACCACUGCUACCUGGAGCCGCUGCCGAGGAGCCUGCAACUGCUGGACCUGCUACUGCGGGAAUGGCCGCUGCUGGAGCUGUUGCCGUCGGGCCUACCGCUGCUAGGCCUGCUAUUGCUGCCGGACCUGCCGCUGCUGCUGCAGCCGCUACCGUUGGUCCUGCUGUCGUGAAGAAAGAAGCAUCAGCCGAGGUUCAACUCAUCGCAGAGGCGCUUCGAGAAGCAUUGUCCCACAACGUUACGAUGGCUACGCAACCAAGUUAUAUACAAGAGCUCCCAGUCUUUGAGGGAGACAGCACCGAGUGGACGGCAUUUCAGGUUGUAUAUGAUAACACAGCUUCUCUAUUUUCACCAGUUCACAAUAUGGCAAGACUUCGGAAUGCGAUCAAAGGGGAAGCCAGGGAGAGCUGCAAGAGUCUUCUGUACUCCAGUAUGAAGCCCGAAGAUGUUAUGGAAGCACUACGUCGGCGCUACGGGCGGCCCGACCUACUAGUGAUGGCUGAAGUGAAGAAAUUGGAGAGCAUACCUCCGAUUGGGCAUAGCCCGAGGGAGCUCUGUAACUUCGCCAACAGUAUCAGCAAUAGUGUCGCGGCGAUCAAGAGUUUGAACAGACCUCAGUUCCUGCAUGCACCAGCGGCAGUGAACUCAAUAGUUGAGAAGAUACCACACGGCUUGAGGUAUCGGUGGUAUGAAUAUGCAUCGGCGUAUCCAGAGGAGUCCAAGUACAACAUAGAAUUGGUGAGUGCUUUUCUCAAUUUAGAAGCAGACAGGUGCAGCGCGUUUGCAGGAGCUGUGGAGUACAAGCCACAACGUGAAAGCGCGACUGCGAGAAAACCACUAAGACACACCACGAACAACGUAACGCGGGUCGCCGAAACCAUGAAAUGUCCAGGGUGCGAGGGCAACCACCGAUUACCAGAAUGUCCUGAAUUUUUGAAGAUGCGUGUCAGUGACAAGUGGGAUGCCGUGAAGAAAGCAAAGGUAUGCUUUAAAUGUCUGUCAUUAAAACACCGAAAGGAAAAUUGUAGGAAGCCGCCAUGUAAGACAUGUAAGAGAUGGCAUCAUGAUUUGUUGCAUGUGUUUAAAGAAAUAGAACAAUCCGCAGAAUCGGUCAACACCAUUAGGAAUUCCAGAGCACUGCUAAAGAUGAUCCAGGUCGAAGUAUGUGGGCCCAAAGGCAACAAGAAGGUAAUGGCGUUGCUGGAUGAAGGCUCAACAGUGACGCUUCUGCACGAGAAGAUCGCAGACGCGAUUGGAGCCAGGGGACCUCAGGAAGAACUGACCGUCGAUACAGUGGGCGGUGGGCAAUUACAACAUCAGAAGUCCAUGAAGAUUGACCUGGAACUGCGAGGUAUUAAACAACAUAGCAGAGGUAAGCUCAAAGAAGUACGGACCGUAAAGGAAUUGAACCUGACGCCUCAACACCUUGACAAAAGACGUUUGAAGAGAUAUAAGCAUCUAUCGAAAAUCAUUGAUGAUGUAUAUUACGAGGCGGAGAAACCUAUGCUGCUCAUCGGCCAGGAUAAUUGGGAGUACAUAGUGUCCUUACAGGUGCGCAGGGGGAAAAGAGGACAGCCGGUCGCUUCCAGAACUAGACUCGGCUGGGUCCUGCACGGCAACGACAGCAACCACGUGUCCCCAGGAAAUUAUGUCAACACUUGCGCUCACCUGAACAUCGUUGAAGAACUGGAUAAGCCAGUAAAGGAGCACUUCACGAUUGAGGCGCUUGGUAAACAUCCGAAAAGACCGAAUACAGAUACGGAAGAGAAAGGCACAAGGACACUUCAGGAAACCAGUAGGUGCUCAGAGAACGAACGGUCUAACGUAGGUCUCCUGUGGAAAGAAGACAACAUGCAACUGCCAGACAAUAACGAUUCUGUUUUAGACAGGUUUACGGGGAUCAAGAAGAAACUGCAGGAAGACAGUCAAUGGAAAGGGGAGUACAGCACGCAGAUUGUGACCUUGCUGCGCUGCCAAUAUGCUGACGAGGUACCUGCUGACUGUACUGCAUCAAAGAAUCCCCUGAAGAAGAAAUUGAGGAUCGUCUUCGACACGGCGGUGAAGACGACUAAAUGGAGCCUCAAUGACGCGCUGCUACCCGGCCCAGAUCUACUCCAGUCAUUGUUUGGAGUAUUGCUACGUGUCAGGGAGGGUUCGGUCACAAUAGCAGCAGAAAUUAAAGGAAUGGUCUUGCGAGUGAAGAUAAAAGAGAAAGAUCGAGAUAGUGCACGGUUCUUAGGAACAAAUAACGAGAAGACCCUAAAUUUACGAUGGCAAACGCGUGGCGUAGCAACCGGAAUGAAGACCCCAACGAAGACAGAUGUCACCAGAGCGGUAAGGUCCACUUUUGAACCGAAGAGUCUUAUCUCAUCCAUCCUCAUUCAGGGAAAGAAGCUGAUCCAGCACGUUUGGCGGAGCGGCAACAGAUGGGUCGAGAAGAACACACAAGAGGACUUCACCCGAUACAAGACGCAAUUGGAAGACAAAAGAAGAUUGAAGACAUCCGGUUGGCUCGGUGCAUAUCACCAACAUGCACCGAAGGGGAGCUUUACACAUUCACGGACGCUAGUGAGACAGCCUACGCCGCAGUGGUUAUGGGGAACGAGCCACACAAGCAGACAAGGCAGAAGAAGAGGCGCAGACUUACUUCGUCAUCGGAAGGUCUCGUGGAGCGGCGCUGAUUGGCAGCUUCGCGGAAAUGAAAAGGGUUGGCAAAGACAGUUGGAAGAUGGUGCAACUACUGGCACAGCACUUAUGGAGAAGAUGGCUGCGGAAGAAUAUGAACAAGGCGCCGGGCGACAACCUGAAGGUGGAAGGUGCGGUCAUCAUUGUCGACCGCACUCUCCCUCAAUGCAAAUGGCCACGAGGGCAGAGACGGAUCCAGAACCCGACGGAAGAACACGAGUCAUCGACAAGACAACGCGAGGCGAGACAUCAACCGUCAUCGCGCAUCGUGCUCCUGGUUCCCGCCACCGAGUCGCCGCCCAGAAGUAUGGUGCGUUACCGCACGAAGGGGAGAAUGUUGGCGACCUUACCUCACGUAAAAUAAGUAGUUUGAUUAAUUAA